UUCAUGACGAGUUUUGGCGGGAAUGUUUCUACGGUGUUCAUCCUUGCUCCACAUUUCUGCAUUGAUCACGAUGCUGCACUAAAAGGGCAGCUCAUUGGUACCCUGUUCGUUGUCAAUGGGCUGGUAACCGUCCUUCAAUGUACUAUUGGAGUAAGAUUGCCGAUUAUCCAGGGCGCAAGUUUUGCCUUCGUUGUUCCAACCAUUGCUAUUCUACAAACAAGGGGCGAAUGCCUCCCCGUACAAACAGAUGAGCAGAAGCUAGCAGCUGAUGAAGAUUGGUUGUUACGUAUCAGAGAGAUCCAAGGCGCUAUUAUGGUUGCAUCUUGCGUACAGGUGGUUGUAGGAGCCACUGGUAUCGUGGGGCUCUUGAUGAAUUUCAUUGGUCCCCUGGCAAUAACACCAACCAUCACGCUGAUUGGUCUAUCCCUUCACCAAACAGCAGCGUUGAAGUCUGGCGCUCACUGGGGCAUAUCUGUCUUGACAACCGUUCUCAUUAUAAUCUUCUCGCAGUUCCUACCUGAAGUUGGGAUACCAUUUUGCGGCUACAAUUCUCAAAAGAAGUGCCAUGUGACAAGGUUUAAGCUCUUCAAGUUGUUUCCAAUAAUUUUGGCUAUAGCCAUCGCCUGGCUUUGUUGUUUCAUAUUCACGGUCACCGGCGUGUUCCCUGACGUCCCGAAUGAAAACACAACAGAUCCUGGGUACGGAUACCGUGCUCGAACCGAUCUCAACAGUAUUGUCCUGGAGAGCUCGCCCUGGUUUUAUUUCCCGUAUCCAGGUCAGUGGGGUACGCCCACCCUGGCACUGUCAAGCGUUCUUGGCAUUGUGGCGGGAGUUUUAGCGUCCAUCAUAGAAUCAGUUGGCGACUACUACGCAUGCGCCAGGUUGUCUGGUGCCCCGGCUCCUCCAAAGCAUGCCAUCAACAGAGGUAUCGUACUGGAAGGGAUAGGAUGCAUACUAGCUGGUGCCUGGGGGACUGGAAACGGAACCACUUCACACAGCGAAAACAUCGGAGCAAUUGGGCUCACAAAAGUUGGAAGCCGCGUAGUUGUGCUGGCUGCUGGUUGCAUUAUGGUUCUACUUGGGCUGGUCAGUAAACUCAGUGCUCUAUUCGCAAGCAUACCUGAUCCAGUCGUUGGGGGCGUACUCUGUGUGACAUUCGGGAUGGUAACAGCCGUCGGCUUGUCCAAUCUACAGUACAUUGACCUCAACUCAUCUCGGAAUCUCUUCAUCGUCGGCUUCUCUACACUAAUGGGACUCGUUGUGCCUCACUAUCUCCAAACAAACCCAGGUUCCAUCAACACUGGGUCAGGUGAAGUCGAUCAAGUCCUGACGGUAAUUCUGUCAACCGGAAUGUUCAUUGGUGGAUUUCUGGGCAUUUUGCUGGACAAUACCAUUCCAGGAACCAAAGAGGAACGAGGCUUCACGGCGUGGCGUGAGCACAUCACUGGAACAGAAAGUGAGAAUGACGAACCAACAGAUGUUAAAGUUGCCGAAGAGGGGGUAAGUAAGCACCCGAGCCAGACGCCUAACCGACGCCUUGUUGAAGAGACUACAACUUCACUGCCAAAGUGCUACGACCUACCAUUCGGUAUGAGGCUCAUUAGACGUUGGACCUGGUGCUCGUACUUACCAUUCAGUCCAACAUUCAAGAGUUAUAAAUGCCCCUGCAUAAAGAGUGAUUUUGAAAAGAAAUCAGAGAACAACUCCAGUUAGAAAGUAUAUGAAAAAGCGGAAUAUGUAUCAUGUAAACUAUACCUACAUUUCUAAGGAAACAAAGAGUUAAUAGUAAAACAUUUGCACACUUGAUUUACUGACUGUGGUACGCUGAUAUACAGAUUAUUUGCACAUGACGUCAUUUACCAUUAUUGGUUUUUUAAUGAUUUAAGAUAGUUUAAAGGCAAAAUAGGAAAUUAAUGGCCGACUUUCAUACUCCAUACAUUUUAUUUUAUUUAACCCAUAAUAAGCAUAGGUUUACAUUCCUUAACCUCAAAAACAGGUCUUAAGAUAAGUAUUUUUACCGGACAACAUGGUGUCAUUUUAACACCCCAGUACGGGGUGUUAUAUAAAAGCACAACCGUUGGAGAACAUUUAAGUAUACAGAAAUCAUUGUCUUUUACCAUGAAAAAACCCAGCUUACAAUAAUUGAAUUAGAGGACAGUUGAGGUUUUAGGACUCCAUUGUCUAUACACAAAGAGGUCUUUCUCCUGUAGUUUCAGCCUUGAAGUUGUUUUCCCUCUUUCAAAUAGGAACAAAUGUUGGUUUUGCGGUAAAUGUUAUAACUUAAUUAUACUAUAGUAUAAUUGGCUGUCACGGGUAUUAUACUAUCUGUCACGGGUAUAAAGGAUGCAAUGGUGUCAAACUAACACACGCCUGCAAAUUUGCUUCAUGUCCACUUGGCAUUUGUUGAAUCCUUGGGUGCUUUUUAAUAAUUGUUAUGUAGGACAAAGCUGUGUCAAUCCUUUUGUUUUCAGAAGGACAGUCAACAAUGGUAAAUAGAUAAAGCUUUGUGAACGAGGUGUAGGCGUCUUCUCUCACUUAAUGCGGAGAGGUUGAUAGUAUAAAACAUUGUGAGAAACGGCUCCCUCUGAAGUAAUGUAGUUUUCGAGAAAGAAGUAAUUUUCCACGAAUUUGAUUUCGAGACAUCAGCUGUAGAAUUUGAGGUCUCGAAAUCAAGUAUAUUAUUGUGCACACAACUUAGUAUGACAAGAGAGUUGUUUUCCUUCAUUAUUAUCUCGCAACUUCGACGACCGAUUGAGCUCAAAUUUUUACAGCUGUGUUAUUUUAUGUAU